UGCUUUUGACGGUUCGUCACAUUUCACGUUGACAUCGAGCGAAUACACGCCACCGACCAUAAACACACACACGGAUCAAAAUAUUACCGACUGGUCGCAGUCCGGGAAUACAGUAGAGACCGCAGCGUGUAUUUAAAGAAAGAAAGAGAUUUUCUGGUGAAGAAACCGGGGAAUACAGAGAACGACAGAAAAGAAAACGAGGAAACCACCAAAAGGAAAUGCCAAUCGCAGCCACGGGUCAACUGACGACUCAGGAACCCUGUAUUUUCUCCCGACUGCCCUCCACCCCGGAGCCUGUACCAAAAGGGGGUAAUUUAUGUGACGUUGCGGGGGCAGUAGCCGACUCGCAGGAGCGAACAGAAUACGGGGGCGCCGAGGGGGGCAGGGGAGGACUAGUAGCCAGCUACAGUCAGACCAGCGGCGCUCGGGGAUUUCUGCCGCUUCGUUCUUCCAACUCCAACGGUUCUCCUCCGCAAUCCCCUCCCACGUCCUCCCCCCUCGCCUCAUCUUUCUUCCAUCACCACCCCUAUCAAAUGGCCAUGGAGCCGCCCAGGACUCGAUCGCGUUCUCGGUCUGGAUUCUACCAGCAGUAUGGUGCGACCGGCCCCGGGAUUAAUGCCAACGGGGGAAACGGACCUAACCACCAUCAUCACCACAGCCAGCAGCAACAUCAUCAACAGCAGCACAACUCUGGUUGCUCACCCCUUGGAGCUCACAGCCACCACACGGAGCAGCACAGCAUACGAGCCCCGGGAUCUAACGUCUCCCCCGGGGCUCAGAGGCAGUCGGGACCGCCUGGAGCACAUCGCAUCUCACCCGCAGGAGCCGUAGGGGGGAGGAGUCAUCCUGACCAUGCCUGUGGAGAGGAGGGUGACAAGAAUGAGGACAGUCCCAGUCCAAAGCGUCAGCGACUAUCUGGCCAAUCCGUGCUGGAUCUCUCCACGGUGGCCCCACCCACCAACCCCUCUCCACCAAUGAGGCCAUGGGAGCUGCCCCACAGUCGCAGACCUCCCCCUAACCCCCACCCCCAUUACCACCAGGAGCGCUGCCAUACACCUGUCAGACACAGACACAGUCCUCCAGCGCGUCGCCAGCGUGGCCGUCUCUCCCGCACCCCCCGUCACCUCCCUCCUCCUCCUCCCCACCACCCCUCCCCUCCUCCCCCCUCCAUCCGACUGGACCCCCAGGACCAAAGCUUCCGCCACCACUACCCUCACCCCCACCAGAGCUACUCUCACCCCCCUCCUCCCCCCUACGGCCAGCCCCCAGCCCCUGCCGGUGGGGGCGUGGAGGAGCCUCGAGCGUUCCACCCACCUGCCCUGUCUCCACGGUUACUGCACCCCGCUGUCCAUCAUUCUCAUCAAGCAGCUCACCACCGCACACAGCAGCAAGGAGCCAUGGUCAUGGACCUUCAUGAACAGGCCUCAGUCCCCGUCUCCUAUACGGUGACUCCUGUCCCUUCUCAUCAUGGUCUGGUAGCUCCUCUGUAUACAGGACAGCACCUCCCUCCUGUCUGUUCCUCUCAACAACAGAUCCCAGCAUGCAGUGUGGUCUUCAGUACAGGACAACACUACCACCCUAUGCUGGGGGCGUGUUCGGUGCAGCAUUUACCUGUGCCCUACUCCUUUCCCUCCCUCCUCUCCAAUGAUCCUCCUUUCCUCCUCCCCCCUCCCCACCUCUCUCACCACCCCCCUCACCUCCCUCCACCCGGACACUUCCUUCCCUUCCCGACACAACAGUCCAGAUCGCCGUUGCAGAGGAUAGAGAACGAGGUGGAGCUGCUUGGAGAGCACCUGUCUGUGGGAGGGGGGUUCAACUACCCUCAUGGAGGACACCACCCCUCCUCCCUGCCCCCCUCCACACCCCUCCAGUUCCUGUCUCAUCACGACUCCCUGUCACAGGAGCUGUUCGGAGUGCCGUACCCCCACUUCAUGCCUCGGCGAAUCACAGGGCGUCGUUACCGCUCCCAGCAGACCGUGCCCCCGCCCCCCUACCACCCAGGCUUCCUGCCUUACUUCCUGUCGAUGCUUCCAGUGGGUCCUACAGUCGGUCCUACCAUCAGUCUAGAGUUAGAUGUGGAUGAUGGAGAGGUAGAGAACUAUGAAGCCCUGUUGAACCUAGCAGAGCGUCUGGGCGAGGCCAAACCCAGAGGACUGACCAAGGCUGACAUAGAACAGCUUCCCUCCUACCGCUUCAACCCCAACAACCACCAAUCAGAACAGACACUGUGCGUGGUGUGUAUGUGUGACUUUGAGUCUCGUCAGCUGCUAAGAGUCCUGCCCUGUAACCAUGAGUUCCACACCAAGUGUGUUGACAAGUGGCUCAAGGCUAACAGAACGUGUCCCAUCUGUCGGGCGGACGCCUCCGAGGUCCAUCGGGAUUCUGAAUGACCUAUGACCUCGAGCCCCACAGAUCUAGGAUCCGCUCAGCCUCCCCACAUCCUAACCUGAUGCAUUAGGGAGUGGAGGGAAACACAACAGGCCUUAGAUCAGUGUCUUGGAGCAAUGCCCCCCCUCCGCCAAGUGAACUCUUUAAGAAAUAGACUCUGUCUUCUUCCUAUGAUAAUGGUAUUCUAAUAAUGGCCUUUUGACUGACACACACACACACACACACACACACGUACGUACGAGGGGCAGUUGGACUUUUUUCCCCUUGUUGUACUGUCUUCCCUUCCUGAGUCGUGAUUGGAGUUGUCGUAUGAACGCUGUGGAAGAACUCAGACUCAGUGUGUUGUUGUCCUGACUCACCCCAGUGGAGGAAAUGGAAGCCCAAAGAUUCUGACCAUUAUGACAUCAUCAUCGUCGUCGUUGUUGUUGUUGUUUUUGUUAAUCUGAAUAUUCUGGUCGUGAUGAAUCGUUCAGAACCUGGAUUGAGA